UUUGGUUGUUUACAUUGUCGCAUAGCUUAAACUCCAGGAGAGUGACUCGUAAAUCUCGUGGAUUUGUGUUCUCACGCUGGCGUUAGGUAUUCUCGUAUACCACUGACCGGGCGGCUAAUAAACGAGGCCCUCGCGAGAACAAGAGGAUGUUGAGUGAUAUACAUAACAAAAGCUAUAUCACCUCAGAUAUCACGAUAACAAACGAUCGUUUGAAUGGGAUCGGUGUUAUUUAAACAUGUUUUGGUUUGACGGUUCGCGACACGUUACUCGUGAAAAAGUAAUCAGUGUCGCGCUAGGAGUAUACUGUUCUGAUUGCUAUAAUACUUGGACCCUUUAUCCUCGCCGUGAGCUUGGUGAGAAGACCAAGAUUGGAAUUGGGUUUUGGCACCUUAUUAUUGUCUUUGUACAAUUCCUGCUAUGUCGAUAUGCUGUAAAGAAGGACCUGUUACGAUUUUCUGCAUCUUCAUCGUCAAGAUUUUUCUCAAAAUGAUCUCACCAAAUUCUAAGGGACCCUAAGAAUUUUACAUCUUAAAUCAGAAUCUCUUCGUAAGAGAAUUCUCAGGUACUCCGAUGUUCUGUCCAGAUCUCCUGCACUUCUGCGUUUUGCCUCUACUGCUGCUGCUGACUACAAACUACUCGAUAGUUUCCCCACGACAACAUAUUACAAACUCGACAAAAUCUUCAUAUAUAUCGACAUAUGGAAAUAUCUCAGGGGAUAUGAACACCAAUCGAAACUGGAGGGAAAUUGCCAGAAACAAGUCAAAACUGGUUAAGGAUUUACUGUCUAAUUAUGACAAGAGAAUACGACCCUUCACUGGAGUCUUACCUUUAGAAGUCAGAGUCGAUAUGUUCAUAUCAAAUAUAUGGGCAAUUGAAGAAGCAAGAAUGGAUUUUACGAUAGACAUGUAUCUGCGGCAAUACUGGCGGGAUCCCCGGCUGAUAUUUGACCCGGUACCAGUCAACACAGACGUCCUCACGCUCAACAGACAAACCAUAGAUGAGAUAUGGAUACCUAGCACUUACUUUUUCAAUGCAAAGAAAGCAUACUUCCACGAUGUAACGACGGAAAAUUAUCUGCUCAUGAUCAAGCCGAAUGGAGACGUCUUCUACAGUGUCAGAUUAACUAUUACGAUGGCGUGUAAAUUGACGCUUCAGAUGUUUCCUCACGAUGUUCAGGUCUGUGAGAUGAUGUUAGAGUCGUACGGUUACCAAGCAACUGAUGUGUAUUACCGGUGGAACUCCCGAAAUUCGACGGGAGAUGUAGUGUACAUUUCUGAAGACUUGGAGAUGCCCCAGUUCAAGAUCACUAACGUCAAAUUGGAAGAGAGAACCAACAUAUAUAAUAUUGGUCCUCACUCGGCUCUCAUAGCAAAGUUCACGUUCCAUCGUCGCCUUGGUUACUACAUGAUCCAAACAUACAUCCCCUCCAUGCUGACCGUCACUAUCUCCUGGUUCUCUUUCUGGAUCUCACCGGAUUCUCCGCCUGCCCGAGUGGGCCUGGGAAUUACAACGGUGCUGACGAUGAUCACGAUAUCGAACAGCGCACGCGCACCACUCCCCAAGGUGUCAUACACCAAAGCUAUCGACUGGUUCCUCCUCAUGUGCUUGGUCUACGUGUUCGGUGCUCUCAUGGAGUAUGCCAUUGUCAAUUUUUAUGCGUGUAAAGUACAACAGCGAAAUCGAAACAAGCGAGAAGAAAUUCGGCGAAUGAAACGCGAGGCAGAAAUGGAGGACAGCUUUGAUGAUGAUGAGUCUCAACCAUGCUUGAAUGGUAACGUGUCUUCAGCUAAGGCGCGGUGGGCAGCGGCGGUCGCGGCGAAUGCUGGUCCCUCAUCGUCAUCGCAACAUAACAGACAACCAGAUAGGAUAACCAGCUUUCGUUCACUCACUACUGUCGUGAUAGAUAGGAAGAAUCCAUUUUUCCCAAGGUCGUAUGUCCAUAAAAGAGGCGUCAAGCGAAAAGCAACCAUGAAGCAAAUACCAAGAUCAAGACCACAGCCGCCCCAAGAGGAAAACAAUGAGGGAAAUAACGCUGAGGGUGAAGACAAAGACAAUACACCACCGCUAAAACCGUACUAUUUCUGGGACCCAUAUGAGGCAGCAUUCAUGGCGACUGAGCCUGCGUACACAGUGGACAAAUACGCGCGGAUUUACUUCCCAGUGACAUUCGCGGUGCUAAAUUCCAUUUAUUGGAUAGUGUAUGCACCAGAUAAAAUAAUAUUUUAAAAGUGAAUUUCCAACCUCAUCUCAGGGUCUUCUGGAUAAUUAUGAAUAUGGCGUCUAAUUGACAAAGACGAUUGGAAAUUACACAAAAGACGCUGGGGCGAGGUUGGUGAAUUUUUCAGGUCGAAUUUUCUCCUAAUAUCUGAAUGAGUACAUAUUAUUUAGACUAAGGGCUGUCUCAUGGUUCAAUAACUGCAUCCGAAACAACAUUAGCUUGCUAUUAUUUUGUAUUAUUUGGAAAUGCUUAUUUUGAAACAUUGGGAAAUCUGUUAAGGAAGGAAGCAAGUGCGCAUGGUCAGAGUGGAAUCGGCGAAUGCGAUUGGCAAAUGGCAGUUCUCGUUUAAACAUUGUUGAUACCUUGAAAAAAUGAUUUCUCAAUGCAUUUUCGAAUGUAAACGUUGAACGUAAGAUAGCCCUUUGGUGUGCAAUGAAUUGUGUACACUCGUCUUUUUUUUACCUUUUUAUAAGAACGUCCAGCCUGCGAUUUCACCAAAAUUUAAGAACAUGCUAAGAACAUUCAGAGGCUCAGAUGCAGAAAAAAUUGUCUUUUUUAGUCCUGAUGCGUUCUAAAAUGCAGAAUCAAAUUGUACUCAUAGUAACAACCUUAUUAUUAUUAUUGAUCAUUAGUCUCUCCUAAUGAUUCAUUGGGUAUUAUAUUCUUAUAUACACUAAAAUUUGAGAAUAUCUUAAAAACAUAUUCAUAUUUAAAAUGUCCCAAAAAUAUGGACGGCCCAGCCUCAACUGAAAAUUAGACGUUCUUAUAAAAAAGAGUGUACUUUUUAAAAUGAGGUUAUAUACAUACUGAUUAUUGCAAAAUAUUUAUCUAUAAUCUUACAAUAUUUAUGUUUAAAGCAAACAAAACAAUUCGUGAUUUUUUAAUGUGUUAUCAGUCAUCCUGAAGUUGGACUUUAAAUGAAAUAACAGUGUCGGGUCAAUUAUAUAUUCAAGGAUGGUUUCGUUAUGACCAUUAUACCAAAGUCUGCGAAGCCUUCAAUUCUCUGCAUCUAGGUAAAGACGCAUUUUAUUAUUAUAAAACCACCCCUAGAUUUAGCCUCGAUUAUUAGCCGUUUCUGUGGGCCCGAAGUAUUUGUCCACACCAUUUUGGGCAGAAGAUCGUAAGACCGCAACGUCCGACGUGGGCUGGAUGCAAUACUGUAUACCCUGAAUCCGCCUCUUUAAAGUGAAUAAUUUGAAGCCUCAGCUAAACCAGGCGAAUCUGUAUAACACUUCAAAAAGAAGAUCAUUUUUUUGUUUUUCAGGAUAACAUCUAUUUAAAGAUUUCCUAGCCAUAAUACAUGCUCCAUCCUCUGGGCAUUUUAAUAAUAUUUUGGUGGUCUUAAAUAAAUAUUGCAUACAAAGCUUACAGGGCCGUGCAGGGAUGGGGCAUUGGGGACAUGUGCCCCCCCCCCCCCCCCUAAAUAUUCUAAAAUAAUAUAAGGAAAUGACAAGUAGGGGCGUGGCUAUGCCACCAAUAUUUUCUUUAAAAUGUUUUUGUAUUCUGCCCCCCCCCCCCCCCCAAAUCUUAAGUGGCCUGCUACGGCUCUGGCUCAUCAGGAGAAAUUUUAAAUGGGAUUAAUGGAUGGAUGGGUGGCAAAGAAACAAAGAUGAACAAAGAAAACGAAUCUCUAUUAAACGCGCUGAAAAAUUGAACCUACUCAAAUGCAGGACAAAAGGAAGACGAAAAAUACGAAUAAUUUGCGCUUACACUCUUUGCCAUGUUCAGGAAACCAGCGAUCUUUGUGGGUAUACCAAAAAGAGAGGGAUUAUUUUUGUGCCGAAGAAAGAUAGCGCUGGAUCAUUAAGCACGGCUGAAUGUGUAACUUUAUGCAGAUGUACUCAAGCAAAAUUAUAACUUAUUCUAUAACUAAUAUCUAAGCUGAAAAAAUAAACAAACAAUAAAAACAUGAACGAA